AUGGCCGAGAAACGCAUGUCGAGGUGGUAUUUCGGUGGGCUGGCGUCUAGUGCAGCCGCCUGCUGCACGCAUCCUCUGGACCUCAUCAAGGUGCACUUGCAAACACAGCAGGAGGUGAAGAAGAGGAUGGUGGGGAUGGCCAUUCACGUGGUGAAGACCGAUGGGGUGCUGGCUCUUUACAAUGGUCUUUCUGCCUCACUUUGUAGACAGAUGUCCUAUUCCCUCACCAGAUUUGCCAUCUAUGAGACAGUGAGGGACAUGAUGGGCAGCACAAGCAAGGGCCCCAUGCCCUUUUACCAGAAGGUCAUGCUGGGAGCCUUUGGAGGUUUCACUGGUGGGUUUGUUGGCACGCCGGCAGACAUGGUGAACGUCAGGAUGCAGAAUGACAUGAAACUACCACCAGAGCUGAGGAGAAACUACAAACAUGCCAUCGAUGGGCUCUUUAGAGUCUUCAGAGAAGAGGGUGUGAGGAGACUGUUUUCAGGAGCCACCAUGGCCUCCAGCAGAGGAGCGAUGGUCACUGUGGGACAGUUGGCGUGUUAUGACCAGGCCAAGCAACUCGUCCUGGGAACAGGCAUGAUGGGAGAUAACAUACUCACACACUUUCUUUCCAGCUUCAUUGCUGGAGGCUGUGCUACAUUCUUGUGUCAACCUCUGGACGUGCUAAAGACGAGACUGAUGAGCUCAAAGGGAGAAUACACAGGGGUGUCACAUUGCCUACGAGAAACUGCCAAACUGGGCCCACUGGCAUUUUACAAGGGCCUCGUCCCAGCGGGGAUCCGCUUGAUUCCCCACACAGUGCUCACCUUCGUCUUCCUCGAGCAACUCAAGAAAUACUUCGGCAUUCGCAUCAUCUCCUGAGCGCGUCCCGUGACCGGCCGCUCCUCAACCACACACCAACACUGCCACUCACAACACACAGCACCCUGACAUCACACUGCUCUUGGCAUUUAUAAGAAAAUAGGGAAAGAAAAGAAGUCACAUACAGUUGUGUCAUGUUUUCUUUCUCCCUUUGCUCUACCUCUAUCUCAUAACUAGAGAAGAAAUGAUUCUGAUUUAUUUGUGAGCAGCAACUUCUGCACGGGACAAAUACUGGAAUUGACUGAUGAGUAUAGAUAAUCAAUAUGUUGCUAAGAAAGAAGAUGUUAAAAAUAAACGUGCUGCACUUUGGUUAUUAGAUCGACCUGCCAAAUGUAGAGUAUGUUAGAAUUGGGUUUAGUAGAUGUUUAAUGUAGUUGUCCUAGAGUAAUUUCAGGUACGUUAGGCUGUGUGAGAGGAUGAGACGUUGUGUUAUUGUGGUAUGUUUGAGUUAAGGAGCAAUUCAUCUGUCAUGACGACAUACUAAAUGUUAACUAACUAAUGCAAGAGUAGAUUUUGUGAUUUAUGUUUAAAUCAGCGGUACUUAAGCCUAAUUCAGUAGUGGUGUAUGCAGCCUUCGGAGCCCACACCAUUUUAAAGUUUGUGCCAGGAAUGUUUCCUUAUUAGUCCUCUACAAUAUUUUAUUAGUGUCAUAUUAGGCCAGGACAGUUUAUGACUUUAUGAUUUAACAGGAGUACAGACUGCAAACACAGUGUAGCCUUGUCAUCAGUGCCAUUCCCCCAUCCCAAAAGCCAUCCCUAAACCGUGACUGUUAUUGUUAUGCUAUUACUUAUUAAUCAUUCCCAACAGUGGUGACCAAAUGAAGCACACACUGACUUUAACAGAGUUGAUUUAUCUGUUUGCUUUCUCUUCACUAAAUUAAAGUUUUAGAAUUGGAAAUCAACUCCUGGCAGGUUAAACUGUCAUUAACUGUUACCUGAUUCUCAUUCACUUCAUUCACUUUUGGAGAAGAGGACCAAGCUUUUUCUUUUUUUUUUUGCCCGUGUUUUUAAAGUAAGGGCAGAGUUUGUGGGGACUCUGUAAAGCAGAGAGAGAGUUGACGGUUGAAAUCCUGAUGAGGUUUUUCAGUCCCAGUGAAAUUCUGUAUGACCACUUGAUCUCUUAAAGUUCUUACUGUUUUGAAUAGAGAUGCCUGUAGAGAACUGCUGCUCCGUGCAGGUGUACAUGUAGCUUUUCCAUCUGUUAUGUCUUGUUUAGUUGAAUGCAUGUCAGACCUUGACUCAGGAUGCUACUCUUGUUUUUAUAAGGCACUUUACUGAGAUUCUGACUAACCUGCUGCGUAGAAAGACAAGUUCUAAAGCUAGAAAUUGAGACGUUUUUCGAUGUUUAGAUUUUACAAUAUUAAUGAUUCUGAUGGAGAGCAAAAUGUGAUGUUUUGCGCCUCUUUUCAGUCUGCUGAAAAGUUCCUGCUGCUCUGUUGACAGAGACCUUGUCAAGUCAUGUUGCCUUACAGUAUGUGUCCUCCAGGGGGCAGUAUAUUAACGUGAAUGAUAUCAAUGCCAACAACUUGAACAUCCUCUCUUGAGCGUCCUACUUUCAUCCAGGGGUACGUUAAUAAAAAAGAGAGACACACACAUUUGGAGCCAAUUUAGAUAAUGACUGUAGAACUGCAUGUCCUUAUGUUCAAAUGUUCCUCAACAAUGUGACAUACUGUAGAUGAGGCAUGGUGAGUAAUGUUAACCCCAAGCUUUAUUCAUUCGCACAGAAAUGAAACUGAAGUGACCCACAGUCCUGGGGUUUGUGAAUUUGUAUUUUGUAGAUCACUAACUAAUGAUUUUUUGAAUUAAAAUACUUAUGUGAAAAUG